AUGGGUCGCGAGAAGCUUUACGAGCUGUUUAGCAUAACGAAUCCUGCGUUUGCAGCGGAAAUGGCCCAGCUUCUGAGCAGACCCGAGUACAAAGAUCCAAUCACUGAGACGUCGCUGGACAUCCUCGAGUUUGUCAAGUAUCUCUUGAGAGGGACGGUCGAGUAUGUACCUAGCUUACGAAAUAUCGGGCCGGGCACGAAAAAUGCGUGCAGCUGA